AUGUCACUUGUACAGAGUGAGUGUACGGUUCGUGGUUAUAGUUUAGAAGAAAUCUUGGCUGAAGGAAAGAUGAGGGGAGCUGUGCUUGUAGCUGUUGCUGCUGCUAUUGGCAACUUAUUGCAAGGAUGGGAUAAUGCAACCAUCGCAGGUGCUGUUCUAUACAUAAAAAGGGAAUUUCAUUUGGAAAGUGAACCAACUAUUGAAGGACUAAUCGUGGCUACGUCACUUGUUGGAGCCACUUUAAUUACUAUGUGUUCUGGACCCAUAUCCGAUUGGCUAGGCCGCCGUCCUUUGAUGAUAAUCUCAGCUGUACUUUAUUUUGUCAGUGGUCUUGUAAUGUUUUGGUCUCCUAAUGUUUAUGUUCUCCUCUUGGCACGGCUUUUGGACGGAUUUGGCAUUGGUUUGGCAGUUACUCUUGUUCCCGUUUAUAUAUCUGAGACAGCACCACCAGAAAUAAGGGGGUUGUUGAAUACCCUUCCUCAGUUCACCGGAUCUGGUGGAAUGUUUCUUUCAUAUUGCAUGGUGUUUGGAAUGUCCUUGACGGAGGCUCCAAGUUGGAGAUUGAUGCUUGGAGUUCUUUUUAUUCCAUCUAUCAUCUAUUUUCUAUUGACUGUAUUUUUCUUGCCUGAGUCGCCAAGGUGGCUUGUGAGUAAAGGACGAAUGCUUGAGGCCAAGAGGGUUUUGCAGAGGCUCCGUGGCAGAGAAGAUGUCGCUGGUGAACUGGCUUUACUGGUCGAGGGACUUGGAGUAGGAACUGACACAUCAAUAGAGGAAUACAUAAUUGGCCCUGCCAGCGAUUUCAUUGAUGACCAUGAUAUAUCUGCCGACAAGGAUCAGAUCAAGUUAUAUGGGCCUGAACAAGGUCACAGCUGGGUUGCCAGACCUGUCGGUGGGCAGAGUGCUAUUGGUCUUGUGUCUAGGCGUGGAAGCAUGGUGAACCAGAGCCUACCUCUUAUGGAUCCUCUUGUCACCCUCUUUGGUAGCGUCCAUGAGAAGCUCCCUGAACAAGGAAGCAUGAGAAGCAUGCUUUUCCCUCACUUUGGCAGCAUGUUCAGUGUUGGAGGGAAUCAACCUAGAAAUGAAGAUUGGGAUGAGGAGAGCCAAGCCAGAGAGGGUGAGGAUUAUGCAUCUGAUGCUGCUGCUGGUGAUUCUGAUGACAAUUUGCAGAGUCCAUUGAUCUCACGUCAGACAACAAGCAUGGACAAGGACAUGGUCCCACCUGCCCAUGGAAGCGUGUCAAACAUGAGACAAGGGAGUCUGAUAACAGGAAAUGCAGGAGAUCCAGUUGGUAACACAGGGAUUGGUGGUGGUUGGCAGCUGGCAUGGAAAUGGUCCGAGAAAGAAAGCCAAGAUGGGAAGAAGGAAGGAGGCUUUAAGAGAAUUUAUUUGCAUCAAGAGGGAGCCCCUGGUUCUCGGCGUGGAUCUCUGGUUUCUCUGAGUGGUGCUGAUGCCCAUGCAGACGGUGAAUACAUCCAGGCUGCUGCUUUGGUGAGUCAAUCAGCUCUUUAUCCCAAGGAGCUUGUGAAUGAGCAUCCAGUUGGACCAGCUAUGGUCCACCCAUCCGAAACUGCAGCUAAAGGACCAAGCUGGAGGGAUCUUUUCGAACCAGGAGUCAAGCAUGCCUUGGCUGUUGGGGUGGGGCUUCAAAUACUUCAGCAGUUCGCUGGCAUAAAUGGGGUUCUCUACUAUACUCCUCAAAUUCUUGAGCAGGCAGGAGUUGGAGUUCUUCUUUCAAACUUGGGCCUUAGUUCAGCUUCUACAUCUCUGCUUAUCAGCGCCCUUACAACCUUGUUGAUGCUCCCUUGCAUAGCUGUUGCCAUGAGGCUCAUGGAUAUCUCCGGGAGAAGGACUUUGCUGCUCGUUACCAUCCCUGUGUUGAUCUUAUCCCUCGUUUUGUUGGUCCUUGGAAGCUUGGUGGAUAUGGGCAGUGUUGCUAAUGCAUCAAUCUCAACUGUUAGCGUUGUGCUCUACUUCUGUUUUUUCGUCAUGGGUUUUGGGCCAAUUCCCAACAUACUAUGUGCAGAGAUCUUCCCUACUCGCGUUCGUGGCCUUUGCAUAGCCAUAUGUGCCCUUACAUUCUGGAUUGGCGACAUCAUUGUGACGUAUACACUCCCAGUGAUGCUUAAAUCUAUUGGCCUUGCUGGUGUUUUUGGCUUGUAUGCAGUCGUUUGCAUCAUAUCGUUUGUCUUUGUCUUCUUGAAAGUUCCAGAGACCAAGGGCAUGCCUUUGGAAGUGAUAUCCGAGUUCUUUGCCGUCGGUGCAAAGCAGGCUGCAGCUGCCAAGGAAAACUGA